AUGGCUGAGAACAAAAGACAAGCGGCUCUCGAAGCCGAGAUAACAAACAUGGCUAACAAAGCCACACAUAGUGGAAUCUAUAAUGCAGGACCAGGGGAGUUCUUUAAACCAAAACCCCCUGACAAACAAGUACCUGUGGAACCAUCAGAACAGAGGUUGGACGCCAUUUACGACGAAGAGCCUCUGGGAUUUGAGAAAGAUCCAGUAACGUCAAGUGCAAAGAUGUUAGCGCAAGGUCCUCUCGAAGAGACUGAUCUCGGAGAUGGAAGUGCAAAAAGAAUUACCUACAUCAGCGCUAAACUAGACCCAAAGUUGAAAGUGAGAGUUAUUGAAUUACUAAGGAAGAACAAAGAUUGCUUCGCUUGGGAUUACGAUGAGAUGCCUGGUUUGAAGAGAGACUUGGUCGAAUUAAAGCUCCAUAUAAAGGAUGGCAAGAAGCCCAUCAAGCAGACCCCAAGAAGAUUCACACAAGAAAUCCUCACAAAGAUAAAGAGGUCGAAAGACUUCUUCGUUGCAAUUUCAUCAGGACCACAAGAUUUUCGUGAUCUAAAUGCAACAACCCCUAAGGAUGAGUAUCCAAUGCCUGUGGCAGAGAUGUUGGUUGACUCAGCCGCAGGCCAUGAGUAUCUCAGCAUGCUUGAUGGAUAUUCUGGCUAUAACCAGAUUUUCAUCGCAGAAGAAGAUGUUUCUAAAACAACUUUUCGAUGUCCAGGGGCAAUAGGCACUUAUGAGUGGAUAGUCAUGCCUUUUGGCCUAAAAAACGCUGGGGCAACAUACCAGCGAGCAAUGAAUUCUAUAUUUCAUGAUUAUAUAGAGACAUUCAUGCAAGUAUACAUAUAUGACAUUGUUGGAGAUUUUCUGGGCUUUAUGGUCCACAAAAAGGGGAUAGAGAUCAAUCAGAACAAGACGAAGGCUAUUAUGGAGACCAAAGCACCAUCAACCAAGAAAGAAUUGCAAUCAUUAUUAGGAAAGAUAAACUUCCUGAGAAGAUUCAUCUCGAAUUUAAGUGGUCGAACUCAAGCCUUCUCUCCCCUUCUGCGCCUGAAACAAGGGAAGUUCGAAUGGAACGACGAACACCAAAAGGCAUUUGACAAGAUCAAGCAUUAUCUGACAAAUCCUCCUAUCUUGGCACCACCAUGUGGAAAAAAGCCUAUGAGACUGUAUAUAUCAGCUUCCGACACUACCAUAGGUAGCAUGUUGGCGCAAGAGAAUGAAGAUGGCGUCGAAAUAGCCAUUUAUUACCUUAGUAGGGUUUUAAAUGAUGCAGAAACUAGAUACACUUCAAUAGAAAAGUUGUGUCUUUGUCUGCAUUUCUCUUGUACUAAACUCAAAUAUUAUAUAAAGCCUGUUGAUUUAUACGUCUCUUCGCAUUUUGAUGUUAUCAAGUAUAUGUUAUCUAAGCCAAUAAUGCACAGUCGAAUUGGCAAAUGGGCGUUAGCGCUCACUGAAUACUCUCUAACCUUUAUGCCUUUAAAGGCAAUGAAGGGACAAAUAGUAUCAGAUUUUAUUGUAGACCAUGCACUGGUCGAAAAUCCUCAAUUUCAAGUUGAGUUGAAACCUUGGAAAUUAUUCUUCGACGGUUCCACUCAUAAGAAUGGAAGUGGGGUUGGGAUAAUGUUACUCAAAAAAUUCGAAUACGUCGACAUAAAACAUGUCCCUAGAAUAAAAAACCAAGAGGCUAAUGACUUAGCACAAAUAGCCUCAGGGUAUAGAAUUUCAAAAGAAAAGCUAGAAGAACUUGUCGAAGUAAGAGGAAAGGCAAUGGCUGCUAGAUUAUCUCCGACAGAUUUGGAAAGCACCCAGUUAGGAUAUGCUAACAAAGAGGAGUUCGAAGUUUUGGCCAUUGAUACCUUGAUAGAUACAGAUUGGAGGAAUCCAAUUAUUAAUUAUCUCAAGGACCCUUCGACAGACACAAAAAGAAAAACCAAGUACAGGGCUUUAUCUUAUGUACUGAUAGGGAAUGAGUUAUUCAAGAAAACCCCUGAAGGGAUCCUGUUGAAAUGCUUAGGAGAAAGCGAAGCUUACUUGGCAUUAUCUAGUGUACAUAGUGGAGCUUGUGGAGCACAUCAGGCAGGCCAUAAGAUGAAAUGGUUGCUUUUCAGAUAUGGAAUGUAUUGGCCCACCAUGUUAAAGGAUUGUAUAGAGUUUGCUAAGGGUUGCCAAGAAUGUCAAAUACAUGCAGGAAUUCAACAUGCUCAUGCAAGUGAACUUCAUACAAUUAUUAAGCCUUGGCCCUUCAGAGGUUGGGCAUUAGAUCUAAUUGGGGAAAUUAGACCCAAUUCAUCCAAAGGUCAAAGAUACAUACUUGUAGGAAUUGACUAUUUCAUUAAAUGGGUCGAAGCGGUACCUUUAGUAAAUGUGGAUCAAGAAACUGUCAUCGAAUUCGUUCAAAGGAAAAUUUUAUACAGAUUUGGAAUCCCAGAAAGUAUAAAAACAGAUCAAGGAUCAGUUUUUACUGGUCGAAAGAUGCAAGAAUUUGCCAAGGAAAUGGGGUUCAAAUUAUUAACAUCCACACCCUAUUAUGCUCAAGCCAAUAGGCAAGUUGAAGCAGCCAACAAAGUAAUAAUUGGGCUAAUCAAAAAGCAUGUAGGAAAAAAGCCAAAAAAAUUGGCACAAAACUUUAGACCAAGCACUCUGGGCUUGUCGAACCUCCCCUAA